ACCGCGGCUGGAGAGCUGGGCGCUCGGUGUGUAGUCGCUCUCUCUGCCUCCGGGUACGCCACUACCUCCCCUGAGGGUCCGAGGACGCCGUGCAGGCCAGCAGUGGCUACAAAGUCCCCAGCAGACUGAGAAAUGAGAAAAAUACCAAACCAUGGGACUCUGCGAAUGACAAAGGUGGCAUACCCCCUCGGACUGUGUGUGGGCCUGUUCAUCUACGUUGCCUAUAUCAAGUGGCACCGGGCCUCUGCAGCCCAGGCCUUCUUCACCCUUGCUGGGGCUGCCUCGGGGGCACGGUGGACCCAGCAGGCCUUCAGUGCCCCAGGCUCAGCUACGCAUAGCCAUGAGGUCUUCUAUGGGAUCAUGUUCGAUGCUGGGAGCACCGGCACCCGCAUCCACGUCUUCCAGUUUGCCCGGCCGCCUGGAGAAACUCCCACGUUGACUCACGAAACCUUCAAAGCACUGAAGCCUGGGCUUUCUGCUUAUGCUGAUGAUGUUGAAAAGAGUGCUCAGGGGAUCCAGGAGCUUCUGAAUGUUGCUAAGCAACACAUCCCAUAUGACUUCUGGAAGGCCACCCCUCUGGUCCUCAAGGCCACAGCUGGUUUGCGCCUGCUGCCGGGAGAAAAGGCUCAGAAGUUGCUGCAAAAGGUGAAGGAGGUGUUCAAGGCUUCGCCUUUCCUUGUAGGAGACGACUGUGUUUCCAUCAUGAACGGCACAGAUGAAGGUGUUUCAGCUUGGAUCACUGUCAACUUCCUGACAGGCAGUCUGAAAACCCCAGGAAGCAGCAGUGUGGGCAUGCUGGAUUUGGGCGGAGGAUCCACUCAGAUCACCUUCCUCCCACGUGUUGAGGGUACCCUGCAGGCCUCCCCACCCGGCCACCUGACGGCGCUGCAGAUGUUUAACAGGACAUACAAACUGUAUUCCUACAGCUACCUGGGGCUGGGACUGAUGUCGGCACGACUGGCUAUCUUGGGUGGUGUGGAGGGGAGACCUGCUGAGGAUGACAAGGAACUGGUCAGCCCCUGUCUGUCUCCCCAGUUCAGAGGAGAGUGGGAGCAUGCUGACGUCACCUAUAAGAUUGCAGGACAGAAGGCAGUGGGCCUCUAUGAGCUAUGUGCCAGCAGGGUGUCAGAAGUCCUCCGAAAUAAAGUACACAGGACAGAAGAGGCACAGCAUGUGGACUUCUAUGCAUUUUCCUACUAUUAUGACCUUGCAGCCAGCUUUGGCCUUAUAGAUGCUGAGAAAGGAGGCAGCCUUGUAGUUGGAGACUUUGAGAUAGCAGCCAAGUAUGUAUGCCGCACCCUGGAGACACAGCCACCAAGCAGCCCCUUUGCCUGCAUGGACCUCACCUACAUCAGCCUACUGCUCCACGAAUUUGGUUUUCCCAGGGACAAGGUGCUAAAGCUGGCUCGGAAAAUUGACAAUGUGGAAACCAGCUGGGCUCUCGGCGCGAUUUUUCAUUACAUCGACUCUCUGAAGAGACAGAAGGUUCCUGCCUUGUAGCAGCUGAGUUCUAGUCCCCACCCUAGCCAGAGUUCCAAGGCUCCCAACUCCAUGGACCCUUCUGUCCUGGAAGUGACACCAUCCUUGAGCAGCCUGCACCUGGCUGAGACUCUCCUGCGUGCUGCAGCAUCAUCUCCUGCAGAUUUGCCAGGAACAUGGGACAAGUGUUACCCCUCUUCACCACACUCGCUGGGGGAGGGCCAGGCUAGGAAUGCUGUCUGGCCUGAGGCCAUCUCCCUGCCUUGCA